CCUAAUUCACAAACCAAAAGCGCGGGAUACCGAAAUAAUAACACUGAUGAUGCCAAAAUCUGCCCAGCACUCGUUGAUCCUACGUGGCGAUAUCUCAUUGGUUACUCAACACAUAACGCGGAUCGCAAAACCUACGCUCCCCAAUCUCACCGUCCAAACCGAAUCAACGGCUCCCAUUCAACCCCCAAAAAGUUCAAACCAUCCCCAAAAAUCCCCAUUUUCCCGCUCUCAUCUUCUCUAUAUAACAAACCCCACUAUCGAACGCAUCUCUCACCACACACACAAAUUCUAUACAUUCAAUCUCCAAUAUCUACAUAUCUCCCUCUCCGGCGACUCUCCGACCAAUCUACGAUGGCCCGCACCAAGCAGACUGCCCGCAAAUCCACUGGCGGCAAGGCCCCCAGGAAGCAGCUCGCCACCAAGGCCGCCAGGAAGUCUGCCCCCGCCACCGGCGGCGUGAAGAAGCCCCACCGCUUCCGUCCGGGAACUGUCGCCCUCAGGGAGAUCCGAAAGUACCAGAAGUCCACAGAGCUCCUCAUCCGCAAGCUCCCCUUCCAGAGGCUGGUGCGCGAGAUUGCGCAGGACUUCAAGACUGAUCUCAGGUUCCAGAGCUCUGCCGUGGCGGCGCUGCAGGAGGCGGCGGAGGCCUACCUGGUCGGGCUCUUCGAGGACACCAACCUCUGUGCGAUCCACGCCAAGAGGGUGACCAUCAUGCCCAAGGAUAUCCAGCUUGCGAGGAGGAUUAGGGUUGACUCGGUCUCGUUUUGGGGUUCUGAUGUUGGAUCUGUAGUAGGGGUUGUUUUGUAUAUCGGUUGUUAUCUGGGCUCUAACUCGAAAACCCUCCCCUUUUUUAUGAUUCUUGUGCUUGUGAUUGCUAGUUUUGUGCAGGAAAGCACGGCUCAUCCAUGUGGGAGCACGUUUUUCUCGGCACUCGUCCAGCUCAUACCUUGCCGGGCAGCUGUGGCUCCUUUCAGCCCGAGUCCUCCAACUGAGUCUUGCUGUGACUCGGUCAAGGCUCUCGGGCAGCCUUGUCUUUGUGUGCUUGUUAAUGGGCCCCCGAUUUCUGGCGUUGAUCGAGACAUGGCUAUGCAGCUGCCUGAGAAGUGCACUGCAAACUUUGAA